AUGAAUUCUUUUGUCACUACUCUGGAAAGGUUGACAAGCUUGAGAGUUCUUAGUUUGGUGUCCUUGGGAAUUUGGGGUCCACUUUUGGACAAAAUUCAUCGAUUGUUUGCACUUGAAUACUUGGACUUGGGUUCCAAUUAUCUCUUUGGUUCAGUUCCUCCUAAAAUCUCUGCAAUGGUGAAGCUUCAAACUCUUAAGUUGGAUGACAAUUUCUUCAAUGAUACAAUCCCCAAUUGGUUUGAUUCUCUCUCUAAUCUGACAUUUCUAAGCUUGAGAAAUAACAGAUUAAAGGGUCCAUUUCGAUCUUCAAUAAGGCAUAUCACCACUCUCAUUGAUCUUGUUUUAUCUGUGAAUGAAAUAUCUGGGAGAUUACUAUAUCUCAGUGGCCUAAGUAGCUUAAAUGUGCAGGACUUGAGUGAAAACAAAUCAGAUUCUGAUCUACCUGCAUUGCCAAGAGAACUGGUCAUGGCCUUUCUCAGUAACAACUCCUUCUCAAACGUUUCCAAAGCCGAAGAAAUGGAGCUCGAAAGAUACACAGAUUCCACGGAGGGAUUCACAUUCCUCAGACCCUCUUCUUGGAUUAAGGUGGAUAAAGCAGGGGCCACAGUUCUAUUUCAGGAGCCAAACAAGGGAAGUAACAAUGUUGGAGUUGUGGUGAACCCAGUUCGUCUCUCCAGUCUUGGAGAAUUUGGGACUCCUCAGUUUGUUGCUGAGAAGCUUAUUCAAGCCGAAAAGCGCAAGGAAAGCACGAUAGAAGUUGAGCUGAUUGGAGUGGCAGAGAGAUCGGGCCAAAAGGGUCUACAAGUUUAUGAAUUUGAGUACAAAGUAGAUAGCAGUAGGGGUGGAUUAAAGAGAAUUUUUUCAGCUGCAUUUGUGGCUUCUAGGAAGCUUUACCUCCUAAAUAUCAAUUAUUCAGACAAGCAAGAGAGUCCUCUUGACAAUUAUACAAGAACGAAGCUGGAAGAAGUUCUUCAUUCCUUUGAUGCAGCACCUACGGCAUGA